AUACCUUGCAGAAUUCCCCGUGGAAAUCUGCAGCGAGUCCGGCGACGUAAACGAGCGGGGCCUUCGUCGAUAGGAAGAGGCUCCGCAGGAAAGGGGCCGUGCAAACGUACCUCUGGGUCCGUCGUGUUGUCCGCCGGGGGUGGCGGUGGCAGUGGAGGCGGCGGUGGUUGCAGACGUCGUGAUUUGGAACGUCGAACGGGUGGCGGUCGGGGUGUUCCCUGCCUUGCCACCAUCAGCUCUUCUGUCGCAGGAAGCGCGGGGGGUUGCGGCCCCGUGGUGGGGCUCCCCUCCUACAAAAAGCGCCAAGGCAGUGGCACCGUCUGGGGCCGCGGAAGUCGUGGACGUGGCAGAGGUCGCGGGGGCGGCGCGAACCUCUUUGGUUCCGGCGUCGCCCCCGCGAAUUACGCACCAGGACUGCAGGGCGUUGCGCCUGGGCUGCGGGAGGUCGUGAACAUUCUCGGCAAGCGGAAUCAAGCUGGCACCCUGUCGGGCGUAGGCCCGCCGCCGGGAACGCUGGAUAACGAUAGCACAUGCAAUGAGGAGGGGACUUCCACCAAAAGACCACCAAGGCCUCUCUACAGGAGGUUAAUCAACUACGUGAGGCAAGCCUGGACUGGCGUCAAGUUCGCUCUAGACUCGGAAUACGAAGAAGAGCAAACACCAAGAUACAGACCAGACUCCUUAGCAAGCCUUUGUCGAGCGACCAGAUUCACAGAGGCUGAACUGAAGAGGAUAUAUCGUGGCUUCAAGGCUGAAUGUCCUACGGGAGUUGUCAGAGAGGAUACUUUCAAGUGCAUCUAUUCGCAGUUUUUUCCCCAAGGAGCCAAUACAAGCCAGUAUGCCCAUUACGUUUUUAAUACUUUGGACCAGGAUCACAGCGGGCUUCUCAGUUUCGAGGAUUUUGUUACGGGCUUGAGUAUACUAUCUCGUGGCUCAAUAGACGAAAAACUUCGUUGGACAUUCUCUCUUUACGAUAUCAACGGCGACGGGUGUAUCACGAGGGAGGAGAUGACGGACAUUGUGACUGCCGUAUAUGAGCUGAUGGGAAAAUUUUCUGAUCCCAACUUGGAUCAUGAGGGUGUGCGUGAGAAAGUGGACCGUAUGUUUCAGAAAAUGGAUGGGAACAGAGACGGCGUAGUGACGUUAUCCGAGUUUUUGGAGGCUUGUCGAGCAGAUCCAGAUAUCUCAACUAAUAUGGCUGCUCUAGAUACUGCCUUCUGACACUCAUCGCGUCCGCAAUAUAUGCCAUGGACUUGAAGGGAUCACUCGAUUAGGAAAUAAAUCGCUCAAUGUUGUACCUUAACUCCUUGGACCAGAGAGGAAAGAAGUUCCUCAAAGUGUGUCCUGUCGUCUUGGAGCGACUGAUAUGCGAUUUUUCAGAGUUGAUUGUUUCGAGAGAUGACAUUGCGUCACUUUGCGCAUUAGCUCAACAAAAUCUACUCAGUGGAAUUUCUAGAUAUAUGCAAAAGAAAGGUAUAUAACGAUAAAAGGGUACAUAUAAAUGGAGUGUUUCAGCUCGAAAUUUGCAACUUAGAUGUACCAAAAAAAAUUACAAAAGUGGUUGUUUUGUGAUAGAAACAAAAACUGAACGAAUAUUCGAUUGAUGUCCUGCCUCCCUCUUCCUAGAAAUAGGAUGUUUGUAGAAUUAGAUAUCUGCAAAUGUGAGAAAAUAUAUGCAGAUUGGAGAGAGGAGCAAAUAACGAGCAUAUUAGGACGAUAAAAUAAUUUUGUUAUUUUACUUGAACUUGCUUAAAAAAUGACGAUAUCGUAUGACAUCUACGAUAUUACAAAAAGAACGUAUGCAAUGGAUCUCUGAAAAGUUGUCAAAUGUUGGCAAAGUUGUAACAAUUUCAUAAAGAUUUAGCAUUAGUGAGUACGAAGUGGUUAGCAAA